UUGGCCGCGAUGGCUGUUGUUCUGUCGGAGAUUGACGAGGACUUUGAUUUGUUUCCUCGAAAACGGAGUUGUUGGCGGAAAGACUGGAUGGGAAGGAAAGAGUUGGGGGUCCAAAACCUGCUCUACGAAGAGCUCCUGAAGACUGACCUCGACGAAUACCGGAGGCUACUUCGUGUAAGCAGAGAGCAGUUUCUGCAACUGCUGUCGCGCGUGGACCCUCGCAUACGACGGGAGGAUACCGUUAUGCGCCGUUCUAUAUCGGCGGAAACACGGCUGCAGGUCACACUACGGUACCUUGCUUCAGGAGAGAGUCACUAUUCCCUGAGCCGACAGUUUAGGCUCGGUCAUUCAAGUUUGAAUGACAUUAUACAUGAAACAUGUACUGCCAUUUACGAGGAGCUGGGAAGCCACUUUAUAAGAAGGCCCCGCACGGAGGAGGAAUGGAAAUAUGUGAUGGAAGGCUUCAAUCACAAGUGGAACUUCCCGAACUGCAUUGGGGCCAUGGAUGGCAAGCAUGUGCUCAUAAAGAAGCCACCAAAUUCGGGAACUAUUUACAGGAACUACAAGAAAAGCUUCAGUAUAAUUCUGUUCGCUGUCGUCGACGCAAAUUACCGGUUUUUGUAUACUGACAUCGGUGCACCAGGCUCAGAAGGAGACGCUGCGGUCUGGCAAACGACACUCCUACAGAAAGACGUAGAAAACAGAAGGGCAGGCCUGCCAGAACUUGUGAAGGUAUCCAGUUCACCUGAUGUGCUCCUUCCACCUGUGUUCGUAGCAGAUGACGCAUUUCCGAUGAGACGGAAUUUAAUGAAACCUUUUGGGGGCACAAAUCUGACAGAAGACAAGAAGAUCUUUAAUUACAGGUUGUCAAGGGCUCGCCGUGUCGUCGAAAACGCUUUCGGAAUAUUGGCGAACCGCUUCCGGUGUUUGCACACAGUCAUCAAUGCAUCUCCAGAGAGGGUGACCGCCAUCGUCAAUGCGGCAUGUGUUCUGCACAACUUUCUGGGCAACGAUGUCAUCAGUGCGCCAGACUUAAAUGUCGAACCGAACCCUGCUGCGUCACUCCUGUCCGGCCAAGCAGCGUCGCGUGGUAGAAUCGGUGCUGUUGGUGCUGCAGUGCGUGAUAAGCUGUCUUCGUUCUUCAAUGACAUGGGCGCCGUGCCGUGGCAGCGGCAAUUUGCCCACUUGGAUGUGAGCAUCUACAGGAAACCUCGGAAGUGAAUACAAGUGUCAACACGGA